GUCCCGAGUAUUGGAGACCCUUCCAAAUUAUCGCGCGAUCCAGACAAACCUCUGUUAGAGAGCCCGCUGCAACCUAACAGGGGGCGGGAUGUUUUCUCAAAACUUUGGGUAGACUUGUGUUUGACGCAACCGUGUAACAUCUUUUUGAGUUGUACUCAGGAAUGUGAAAAGAAUGAAAUGAGAAGGUAAUCUGAGUCAUCACCAUUGAUACAGGCGGGUAAGCGUUCCUAACAUUUAGAAGAUGAAUCGCAAGUGGCACUUCAUGCUGUAUGAUAUCAAGGACGAAGGCUAAGAAGAAAACGUGUGUAUAGGAUCAAGGAGGAACCAUGCAGUCCUGUGUAGAUGCUGUUACCGUGCCGUUUGCCUCCAGUGUAUUUUCGGUAACUCCGGGGUUGAUGGCUUUAGCUGUUAUAAUUGGAGUGAUACUGGGUAUUGCAGCGGCGCUCUUACUUUACGUAUUUGUCCUGAAAUCAGCCCUGAUAAGAAAGUUUCAGAAGCGUGAUGCCCCACAACCUCUCAAGACCAACAAUUCUGGGAAAGAGAAGUUAAAUAAAGGGAUAUCAGACUCAAAGUGGAGACCUUCAAAAACUAAAAUCCGAGAUAGCAUUUCAUUGGAGGGAAGUACGUCUCCUGCAAAUAAUGAUGUUACAGAAUUUGCAUUGAAGGCAAAAGUAAUUUACCCAAUAAAUCAGAAAUUUCGGCCUUUGGCAGAUGGAUCAUCUAAUCCUUCUAUGUAUGAGGCUUUAAAGCAGGCUGCUCUACCAAACCAGAUGCCUGAUGACUCAUCGUCUUCCAGCAUGAGAUCAUUUGCUCAGGAUGAUGAAAGUGGCAGUGGUCCAUUGGCAGAAUGUUCGUCACUUACUCAAAAUGAAAAGUUUCAGUCAGUAACUUCUUAUUCUGAAGCUCUGACCAGUACCAGUUGUAGGAUGUCCCUAAGUAAUGUCACUCUACAGUACCUGAGACUCCUGGAUGCAGACUUAAGGCAAGAAAAAUACACGGUGUAUAUCCAACUCCUCAAGUUGCAUCUUAAUGAUUGGUUGAGUAAGAAGAAAAUUAAUGAAGAAGUUUAUAGAGUGAUUAUUUCAUCCCAGGAGAAGUGUUUGGAAGACCUGAAGAAGCAGUGUAAGCAUGAUGUUUCUGACACUACCAAUACUUCAGCAUACUGCAACAUUAUGGAAAUUGAAAAGAGCGAAGAUGAAUAUGUAAAGCAGUCCCUGAAAAAUGUUAAUGACUUUCUUCAUUCUUUAGACAAUGUACGUCACUGUUUACUAAACAAAGCUCAGCUUCCCUAUAAUGAAGUAGUAAAUAUGGUGUUGGCUGUAUCUGAACUUAUGACGUGGAUGGACACCAUUCUCCAGGACUGUCAACUGUUUUGGGCUAAGGUUUUGCAAGAAAGACUGAUUCAUUGGAAGCAACAAACAAAAACAAUUCAGUCAUUUCAGUGGUUGGCUGAACAAGAAAGCCAGUGCAAAUUAAAUGCUAUAUGUGACACUAUGGAAUACCUUACGAAACAUGGGCAGUUUAGAAUGGAAGAAAAAGAAGUUUUAUCAGCAGAACUUCACAAGAUCUUUCAGGACAAAACUAUAUUUUAUAGUAAUGAGUGUAUGCGACAAGCAAAGGACCUUAUUAAAAAGCUGAAAAAGCAAUAUGUGGAGCGUGCAUCAGAAACUAAACAGAUUCAAGGAGAUGAAAGAAUGGUCCUUCUAGAUAAAGUGAAUCGACAAAGAAUGGAUGCAGGUGCUUUUCUUAAGGAUUAUCAUGAUUUGCUAGAGAAACAGAGAAAGACUAUCUCUGACCUGGAUGAUGAGGAAGACAGUAGAAUUACUGAGAGUAUUGGGGAGCUUUGGAAGAAUCUGUAUUCUGCCUUUUCUCAAACUAUUGAAGAUUUGACCAAGGAUAUAUAUCACCAGAUUCUUCCCAAAAGAACAACUCUGUCUUUGAAUGAAUGUGAACAUCUUAGGCAGCAAGUGAAACAGUCUCAUUUAACCAACUUGGAGAAGAUUGACAACUACAGGCGACAAUGUCUUAAACUUUACCAGGAUAGCCUUGUCCACGAAAAGCAAAUGUGGAUCGAAGAGCAAGUACUUUUUGCAAAUAUGCAGGCACACCUGAUUGAGCGAGAAGAGAAGACUAUUGAGAGAAUGAUCCUAAGACUCUGUGGCAUUACUGAUCAAGCAAAGGAAUAUCUGGUGAAAGAAUAUAGACUUGGUUUGCAGGCAAUGCUACGACAGCUAGGUGUUCGACAUCUUGGGUUAGCAACUCUGACUGACAUGCGAAUGUCCCGAAAGAAAAGCAAGCUUCAAGACCUGAAGGAAAAGCAUUCCCUAGAUGGAAUCAUGCCACUUUGGGACACCAGAAAGCUACAGAAUGAGGAAUUCAGAUUUCUGAAAGAAGAAAAACAGCUUGAAAAUGAAACACAACAGGUGCUCUCAGCAUUUCACGUGCAAUUAGUCACAGAACUUCAAAUUGCUCAACAGUAUUUACAGAGUCGUUUAAAGGACAUUGCUGGACAAGCUUUGAUUCACCAUGCUAGGAUGGAAGCUGCUAAGAUCAGUUACGAGAGCAAAGAUGAUGUCAAGGAUAAAUUAGCAGAUGCAGUAGAAGAAAGUGUGUAUGUGACCAGAGAUGGUGUCUGCACUUUGGUGCAGAUUUAUUACCAGCAAGUAAAAGAGACUGUGGAGGCAUAUGAACAAGACAAGAGCAAACACAAAAAGACAGAGAAAGGUGUAUCUAUGCCAUUGUAUACAGUGUAA